GCGCUAACCUCUUUUUACUACGUGCAACUACGUGUAAUAAGUAAUAACUGGCGAUGGUCUAUGUAUGACACGCCGAAUCGGAUAGAUUACAUCAGUGUACCAGCCGGUACCGAAUAAUUUGUCAAACAGUAAUUGAUAAAGAUGAUGGAGAAACUGCCUGAAACGAUCAAUUUCCCGAAGGAAGAGGCGAUCAUAUUGGAACUGUGGAAAAAGUGUGACGCGUUCCAAAAUUGUCUGAGACUGUCCAAAGGAAAACCAAAGUAUUCAUUCUACGAUGGUCCACCGUUCGCGACGGGAUUGCCGCAUUACGGGCAUAUACUCGCAGGAACGAUAAAAGACAUCGUGACAAGGUAUGCCUAUCAAACUGGUUAUCACGUGGAGAGAAGAUUCGGCUGGGAUACUCACGGUUUGCCCGUCGAAUUCGAAAUUGACAAGGAAUUAAACAUAAAAGGUCCCGACGAUGUUGCUAAAAUCGGUAUAGCGAAUUAUAAUAAGGAAUGCAGGAGCAUAGUAAUGAAAUAUGCGACGGAAUGGGAAACGAUUGUUGGUAGAAUUGGCAGAUGGAUAGAUUUCAAAAAUGAUUAUAAAACGUUGUAUCCUUGGUACAUGGAAAGUAUAUGGUGGAUCUUUAAGGAGUUGUACAACAAAGGUCUCGUCUACCAAGGUGUCAAAGUUAUGCCCUAUUCCACGGGCUGUAACACACCCUUGUCGAAUUUUGAGUCUGGUCAAAAUUACAAAGACGUUGUGGAUCCCUCUGUAGUAGUGUCGUUUCCUUUGAUGGACGAGCCAGGUGUCUCUAUUCUUGCCUGGACCACGACACCCUGGACUCUACCCAGUAACAUGGCACUCUGUUGCAAUCCUACUUUCGAAUAUGUAGAAGUGAAGGAUUACUCUUCUGACAAUGUCUACAUCAUACUAGAGUCAAGUUUGGAUCUUAUAUACAAAUCUAAAGAGUCUUAUACCAUUCAGGGUAAAAGAAAGGGAUCUGAUUUAAAAGGGAAAAGGUACGAGCCUCCUUUUCCGUACUUCCUACAUUUGAGGAACAACGGAGCUUUUGUGGUGUUAAAUGAUACGUACGUUACGGCAGAAUCUGGUACAGGAAUUGUUCACCAAGCACCAUACUUUGGGGAAGAUGAUCAUAGGUGUUGCCUGGAAGCUGGAAUCAUCACGAGAGACCAAGAGAUCGUAUGUCCUAUCGACAGUUGUGGGCGUUUCGUGGAGCCGGUGCGUGACUUUGUUGGAAAGUACGUAAAGGAUGCUGAUAAGGAUAUUAUCAAGUAUCUUCAAGCCAACAAGAGAUUAGUCUACAGUGGAUCUACGAAGCACAGUUAUCCAUUUUGUUGGAGAUCUGAUACACCUUUAAUAUACAAAGCAGUGCCCUCGUGGUUUAUAAGAGUUGAAUCUAUAAAGGAGAAGCUGAUCGCAGUGAACAGCAGCACUUACUGGGUGCCAGACUAUGUAAAAGAGAAACGGUUUGGUAACUGGUUGAGAGACGCUCGGGACUGGGCUGUCAGUAGGAAUCGUUAUUGGGGUAAUCCGAUCCCGAUAUGGAUUUCAGAAGACGGACAAGAAAUCGUGUGCGUAGGAAGCAUCGCAGAGUUAGAGGAAUUAACGAACACGAAAAUAACGGACAUUCAUAGAGAGAGUAUCGAUCAUUUGACCAUACCAUCGAAGCGCCCGGGGUGCCCGCCGCUGCGACGCGUACCCGAAGUAUUCGAUUGUUGGUUCGAAUCUGGCUCGAUGCCGUACGCCCAAAUGCAUUAUCCUUUCGAGCAUCGAAGAGAAUUCGAAGAAAGUUUCCCAGCCGAUUUCAUUGGGGAAGGUAUCGAUCAAACUCGUGGAUGGUUUUACACACUUUUAGUUAUAUCAACAGCUCUCUUUGGGAAAGCUCCGUUUAAGAAUCUUGUAGCCAACGGUCUGAUACUUGCGUCUGACGGACAGAAAAUGUCAAAACGCAAGAAGAAUUAUCCAGACCCUAUGGAAAUUAUCAAUAAAUACGGAGCGGACGCUCUUCGUUUGUACUUAAUCAAUUCUCCCGUUGUAAGAGCGGAGAAUCUGCGAUUUAAGGAGGAGGGAGUCAGGGAUGUCAUAAAGGAUGUAUUUCUCCCGUGGUACAAUGCGUUUCGAUUUUUAAUGCAAAACGUCGAGAGAUUUGAAAGAGAAGAGAAAGUUAAUUUCGUGUAUGACGAUUCUCGAGGUGUAUACUCCGAUAAUAUAAUGGAUAGAUGGAUCCUGUCUUUCACGCAGACUUUGUUACAAUCUUUUAAACGAGAAAUGCAAGCUUACAAACUGUACACUGUGAUACCGCACUUGGUAAAAUACAUAGAUAAUCUUACUAAUUGGUAUGUACGAAUGAAUAGAAGACGUAUAAAAGGGGAAGGCGAUUCGACCGAUUGUCAACAAGCAUUGACAACGUUAUUCUCUGUUCUUUAUACAAUAGUAUGCGUGAAUGCACCGUUCACACCGUUUUUAACAGAAUUCAUGUUCCAGCGCCUGGUGAAAUUACUUCCUCCGAUAAAGGGUAACAUGGACAGUGUACACUAUCAAAUGAUACCAGAAUCUAAUCCGCAGUUGAUAGACGAGAAGAUUGAAAGUGCCGUAUCUUACAUGCAGACUGUGAUUGAGCUCGGACGUGUAGUAAGAGACAGGAAGACCAUUCCCGUCAAAUAUCCAUUGCCGAAAGUAAUAGUGAUUCAUCAAGAUCCUAAAGUAUUGAAGGAACUCGAAACAUUAAAGUCUUAUAUCCUGGAGGAACUUAACGUGAAAGAGUUGAUAGUUACCACAGAUAAGAACAAGUACGGUGUUAAACUGCGGGCCGAGCCAGAUCACAAAACUCUUGGAGCACGUCUCAAGGGGGAAUUCAAAUCCGUUACUCAGGCUAUUAAAGAACUUGACGAUGAACAAUUACAAGUAUUUAUCGCGCAGAAGGAGAUCACGGUGCAAGGUCAUAAAUUGGAAGAGCAAGAUUUACGAUUGAUGUUCAGUUUUACCGGGCCAGCUGCGGAACAGCUGUCUAAACAGUAUGAAGCUCAUAGCGAAGGAAACGUUCUAAUUCUGUUGGACGUUACACCCGACGAAAGUAUGCAUAAUGAAGGAAUAGCGAGAGAAGUAAUUAAUCGCGUACAGAAACUUAGGAAGGAAGCUCAGUUGGUUCCAUCGGACGAGGCAAUCGCGUAUUACAAGAUACAAGAUCAAGACAGCAAUUUAGCUAAAGUAAUCGUUAGUCACAAAGAGUUGAUCGAGAAUGGGACCAAGACCCGGGUAGAAGAUGUAACGAAAAUGUCAAGUGAGGCUAAUAUAAUUAUUAGGAAGAUGCAGAAAAUUAAAGGCAUAGACAUGGAUCUUAUUUUAGUGAAUCCUGGGAUGGGUCAGAUUAAGAACGACGAAUCGAUUGUAGAACCGUUUUUGAAAUACGCGAACGUUGAACUUGCAGGCAUGAAACCAAGAUUCGGUGCGACUAGUUGUACGGGUACUGUAUUAUUAGAAAUCCCAAAUUCGCCAGCCUCUAUCUCUUACGAGCAGUUGAAACACGAGAUCGAGUUAAUAUUCGGUAUUUACGGCUGUACCUAUGAUUUGUAUGCAGGCAAUAAAUUAAUAUCGCAGGAGACGAACAUUUCGUCGUUGCAUAAACAAACGAUAAGAAUAGUGAAGGCAGGUUCAAUUGUGAGACCAGUGUCCGCGGAGCAAGAGGUGCCGGUCUGUAAAUUUGUUAACGUUAACAGUAUUUCGGGAAGAGGUACUAUUCUUUUGGAGAAUCCAAAGGGGAGUUUCAAUUUAGACGACACGAUGUUGAAGCAACGAUUAAACAUUUUAUUUAAAACAUCCAACUUGACUAAACUCGUGCCGAAGCUGGUGAACGAGUUACACGGAAAGACACUUGAAUUAAGUUAAGUUCUAUUUAAAAGUAAUUUUCAUUCAUUAUUUAUUUGCGUUUAAUCACAUACGUCCUCCUCGAAGAUUUGGUAAUUUCAUAGCUAGAUUGUAAUUCUUCGCCUUGCACGAGGACCUGCACGAUUCUUGGGAAAAAACAAAUUUCAACGAUUUUGUACAACUAAAAUAAUAAAAGAUCAUUAUCAUAAACUA